UGAAAAACAUUAAUAAACCAUAAUUUAGCAAAUAAUUAAAGUUUGAUCAGAAAAGAAGAAAGAUGGUGCACACUGCCCAAAAUGAUUCACGUGACAACGGACAACGCCGCCAACACACUCCACUGAUUAACACAUUGGACAAAACAAAGCUUGUUUAAGCUUGUCAAAGCUUCGUGUACUUCAUACAUAACGGUCCAAAAUUUCCUAAAUAUUGUUAUUUUGUUUGCUCGACAACAUGAACAUUCAAGCUCAAGUGGAAUCCAAAAAGUCAAAAGUCGAUAGUCAAAACAGUGGUUACGCGUAUAUUCCCGGAGUAAGAAUAGAAAAUCCCAAAACUUCGCUUGUAUUUGCGCUAAAGGAAGAAGUUGGAACUCUUCAUGAAGCUCUUAAAGUGUUUAAGGAUUACGGAAUUAACUUAACACACAUCGAGUCGCGACCAGCGGACCAAGAAUCGUCUUAUUUUGAAUUCUAUGUUGACUGCUCUGGUUCAAAGGAGAAUUUAAAUCCAGUUCUGAAGACACUUGAGAAAAAUGUCAAGAAUGUGAAAGUCCUGCCUGGUGAAGAUGAAGAAACUCUGUGGUUUCCUAAGAAUAUCGCUGAUUUAGAUGAAUUUGCCAAUCGUAUUUGCAGUUACGGUUCAGAAUUGGACGCAGAUCAUCCGGGUUUUACCGAUCCGGUUUAUCGUGCACGAAGAAAGGAAUUCGCAGAUAUUGCGUUCAACUAUAAACAUGGUGAACCGAUUCCAAACGUUACUUAUACACAAGAUGAGAUUAAGACAUGGAAUAAGAUUUUUUCUGAGCUUAGUCGGUUAUUUAAAACGCACGCUUGCAAAGAACAUAAUGCUGUAUGGCCAUUGUUGGUCGAGAGCUGUGGCUACAGAGAAGGCAACAUACCACAGUUACAAGUCGUCUCAAACUAUCUUAAAGGAAAAACUGGUUUCACCUUAAGACCCGUUGCCGGUUUGCUUUCCUCAAGAGACUUUCUAGCUGGUUUGGCAUUCAGAGUUUUCCAUAGUACUCAGUACAUUAGGCACGGUUCUAAGCCGCUGUACACACCUGAGCCAGAUAUUUGUCAUGAGCUUAUUGGCCAUGUUCCUUUGUUUGCGGACCCAGAUUUUGCCCAGUUUUCACAAGAAAUUGGUCUUGCGUCAUUAGGAGCUCCCGAUGAAUGGAUAAAACGAUUAGCAACUCUGUAUUGGUUUACUGUGGAGUUUGGUGUAUGUCGACAAAAUGGUGCAUUAAAGGCAUAUGGAGCUGGCCUUCUGUCUUCAUUUGGUGAAUUACAGUAUUGCAUGUCUGAUAAGCCAACUUUUAAAGAUUUUGAUCCGGAAAAAAUUGCUGACACAGAAUAUCCUAUCACUGAGUAUCAACCUAUCUAUUUUGUUGCUGAAAGUUUCAAAUCUGCGAAGGAAAAAGUCAGGGAGUAUGCAACGAAGAUUGCACGACCUUAUCAACUUCGCUAUAAUCCUUACACUCAAAGCAUCGAGGUCCUUGAUCGUAAAGAUAAAGUUGUGUCGCUCAUCUCUGAAAUGAAAAGUGACAUGGAUGUCUUGCACGAAGCGCUCAAACAUUUGUAACAUGCCACAAAGAACGAAACAUGAUAAAUAAACAUAAUGAAAAUAAAUGUAUUUUUGUAGCCUAUAGGUUUAGAAGUAAACAGAAGAAAUAUACUUUAA